AUGGCUUCCCUUCCCUUCAGACAGCCGUACAGGCAGCAGUCUAGACAGAUGUCGACCGAUCCUCACAACGAACUCAACCCCCACAUGGACCAUUACGUUGGGAUCGAUGUCGGUACUGGAUCUGCUCGAGCUUGCGUGAUUGAUGGCAAAGGAGAUAUAAUUGGCUUAGCCUCAGAGAACAUUGGCUUGUGGCAGCCCGAGCAAGGCUACUACGAGCAAUCCACAAAUGAUAUCUGGCGAUGCAUCUGUUCUUCUGUUCAGCGUAUACUGAAUCAACACAGCAUCAAUCCCAGCACUAUCCGCGGUAUGGCCUUUGACGCUACCUGCUCUCUAGCCGUCUUCUCUCACGACACGGACGAGCCCGUCUCAGUGACCGGACCUAAUUUCGACAACGAUCGCAAUGUCGUUCUCUGGCUCGACCAUCGACCGGUCGAAGAGACUGCCAAAAUCAAUGCCACUGGGCACAAUCUACUGCGUUACGUCGGAGGCACCAUGUCAAUUGAGAUGGAGAUACCUAAGGUGCUUUGGUUGAAGAACAACAUGCCCAAAGAGCUUUUCGACCGUUGCAAGUUCUACGAUCUCGCAGACGCUCUGACGCACAUGGCUACAGGCAACGAGAACCGCAGCUACUGUAGCACUGUAUGCAAGCAGGGUUACGUUCCUGUGGGCGUUGACGGCAGUGUCAAAGGAUGGCAAGGAGACUUUUUAGAAGAGAUUGGCUUGGGCGAUCUGGUGAAAGAUGAUUUCAAGCGCUUGGGUGGAGUCAACGGCGAAAAUGGUAUAUACAGAAGUGCUGGUGAAAAGUGCGGCACACUCAGCGAGAAAGCAGCCUACGAGCUUGGAUUACCUGCCGGUAUCGCGGUGGGCAGCGGCGUCAUUGAUGCCUACGCUGGCUGGGUGGGUACUGUUGGUGCCAAAGUCAAGCUCGAUGGCACAGCACUUAGCUCCGAAUACGCUAGCAACGACCGUCACCAAGCCUUCACCCGUCUUGCGGCUGUGGCCGGCACUUCCACCUGCCAUAUCGCCAUGUCCCCAAAGCCUGUGUUCGUCAAAGGAGUGUGGGGACCUUAUCGAGACGUUCUCAUUCCCGACUAUUGGAUGGCCGAAGGUGGACAGUCUGCUACGGGAGAGCUCCUCAAGCAUGUGCUGGAGACGCAUCCGGCAUUCCAGCAGGUACUCAGUAUAGCAGAGAGCUACAACAUGAACAUCUACGACUACCUGAAUGAGCAUCUCAAAGAGAUGAAGACAAAGCAAAAUGCACCAACUAUAUCUUAUCUAGGCCGCCACUUUUUCUUCUAUGGCGAUUUAUUCGGUAAUCGCUCACCAGUCGCCGACCCUCGCAUGACCGGCUCAGUCAUUGGUCUCAGCAGUGAUAAGUCCCAAGACGGAUUGGCUUUGUACUACUACGCCACGAUGGAGUUCAUUGCCCUGCAGACGCACCAGAUUAUUGAGACGAUGAAUAAAUCCGGCCAUCAAAUCAAGUCAAUCUUCAUGUCUGGUAGUCAGUGCCAGAACGCCAUUCUAAUGAGUUUGAUGGCAUCAGCCUGCGAUAUGCCCGUUCUCAUCCCACAGUACGUGCAUGCGGCUGUGGUACACGGUGCCGCUAUGCUGGGUGCGAAGGCUGCAUCUGCAGAUAAGGACGGCAAGACAGAGCCGUUGUGGGAUAUCAUGGAUCGCAUGUCCAAACCGGGCAGAGCCAUUCCACCAACGAAUGAUCCGCAUGAGAAGGAACUGCUGGCUGUGAAGUACAAAGUCUUCCUUGAGCAGUGCGAGAGCCAGCAAGGGUACAGGAAAGAUGUCGAUCAUGUGGUUGGGAAGUGGGGAAAGGCAAGUGGGGAUGCAGAGGGCACUUUGAAGCCAAAGGCGGAACAGGGCGAGAAAGGGAAAGCGGGUGGAGGGAUAAAUACGAGGCUUCCAGGGAGCGUGUAA